AUGAACUCUUCAUCAUCAUCCUCUUCUUCAUAUAUUAAACAACCAGAAAACAACAACAACAACAACGAAGAAGACGUGGGGCCCGCGGCCCAGCCGAGCCGUUACGAAAGCCAGAAGCGUCGGGACUGGAACACCUUUGGUCAGUACCUCCGCAACCACCGGCCGCCGCUCGACCUCCGCCGGUGCAGUGGGGCCCACGUCCUCGAGUUCCUCCGCUACCUCGAUCAGUUCGGGAAGACCAAGGUCCACGGCCCGGAAUGUCCCUUCUUUGGCCGGCCCGACCCGCCUGGCCCUUGCCCGUGCCCGCUCCGCCAGGCCUGGGGCAGCCUCGACGCCCUCGUGGGCCGACUCCGGGCAGCCUACGAGGAGAACGGCGGCGGCGGGGGGCCCGAGGCCAACCCGUUUGGGGACCGGGCCGUCAGGCUCUACCUGCGUGAGGUUCGGGACCUGCAGUCCCGGGCCCGAGGGGUCAGCUAUGACAAGAAGAAGCGCAAGCGGCCGCCGCGCGCCGGAGACGGGGGGCAGCCGCUGCCGCCUGCGGCGGCCGGCGAGGGUUUGGAUUAG